GGUUUUUUUUUUUUUUUUUUUUUUUUUUUUUUACUUGAAUAGUUUGUUCACUGGACGUCUGGAAUAACUGGUUUGGUCCCAAACGCCGACACCGCUGAGCCGAUCAAGAUCGAACUGAUGCCAUUUACAGUCGAAUGUAGAUGAAGAUAUCUUGUCAGUACCCAAGAGCAUGCCUCAUAUAUCUGGGUACUAGGAAAACAUGAACAGGGCUAAUUGUAGGAGAGCGAUUGAAGCACCUGAAGGAAUGUGCUAAGGAAGGAUCCCUUGAGAUGGAUAAUUUUUUCAGUUUCGGUACCUGGGAGGCUAGAUCUAAGAGCUGAUAUGUUUUAUUAUCAUGAUGACUUACAAAGCUUCACAGUGGCGAAACAGUAUUACUUAGAUUGGUUUCCAUUUUUCUCUUUGAUCUAACUUGUAUUCUUCUGGAAGUAUGUCUAUAAUUAUAUCUUGAAGAUUUGAACUUGUAGCAUUGGUGUAAUCAUCUGAUUGAGUUGGGCGUUCUUAAUUCAUGUGAUAGACCUGAGGAUCCUAAAUCUACUUCAUGGCUGCUUCUCUUGUUUCCUUUCCUAUGCAUUCGAUCGUGACUUCCGCGUUUCGCUCACUUCACAAUUGAAAUGACUCCUCUGAAGAUGGGACGAGUUCCGAGAUUCCUGCUGUGCUGACGGAAACUGGGUUACACCAAAGUGAGGUGAAAUUCUGGGGUGCGCCUCCGUCGUGUGGUGGAUCAAUCAGCUGCGAGAGGUAUUAGUGAAUUCAUACCACUGUAAUAUGGUGGCUUCUGGAGCCUCAAGUCUUUUUGGGGCUUAACAGAAGCAAUUUGCGAAUUUUCUGGGCAAGCAAUUGUGGUGUGAAAUUCUUCAUUGAGAGGUAUCAUCGGGCGAACAAAAGAGAUCACCUCACAUCCACAUAUCCAGGAUAACUUCCUCAAUGGCAAAGCGUUUGGUUGAUGUUCACGUGUUUAUAUUUCUGUGAUACAUUCCGUGAUCGCGUGCGAAUCUGUGUCGCAGUUUUGCCAUGCUCGAGACAGGGCUAAAUAUAACACGAGUAUUCCUCGUGUCAUGCUACUUACUAUUCCAGGUUUUAUACUCGAGGAAUUACUCUAUCUGCAUCACAUUGCUUUUUCCCACACCCAUUCCCAUGGGUUGGAUCACGGUAGAGCUUUUCUGCUACCUCGAAAGCAACCACAUGUUUCCUACUGAGCUCUAUAAUGCCGUAGAUGGCAAGGAGACUCACCCACAAAGUCUUCGAUAUUCCAAAUAUGCCAUGUCUGACAGAGACUUUUCACUCUCAAAACUCCACAAAUACUCCUUCAGUACUGUACGGAGACGAGCGUUGCGCGAGGGUGCGAAUUGUUCGCCGAGAAUCUAUUCUUUGCGACCACCAUGUUUUCUGCAGGAGCCCCAGAUAAUGGUGACUGACCCCGCUCAACUUAUAGAGAACCCAGAAGUGGACAGAGUGCUCGCAUUUUUAUUUCCUUCCUUCGCAUCCAGCAGGUAGCGCUGAGAAUUCUUCUUGUGCAAGUUGUACGUGAUUACCGCUGUUGUUUAUGGAUUCGGGUUCACCUUGAGCAGUGCCCAAUAUCCGUGUCAGUAGGGUGACAGAAAAAUUGAACAUUCUUCUUCCCUAACUGAAUGAUGCUCCCAGUUUCAAUGCCAAGCCACCCACCUUUCCGGUUUUCACCACAAAAGCACUUUUACCUCGAAAUGAGUUUCUAAUGUCUAGCUCUACAUUGCCGAGGA